UUUUCCCUCUUUCCCCACACUUGCGAGCGUAAGGAAAGCAACUCAAAAAGCAAAAAAAUAUCCCCAAUUGCCGGCGGCAAACGACUGUUAGAUCGGAGUACAGGAUGGCCGAUCACGCCGGCGAGCACGAGUCAGUUGUUGAAUCUGUGAUGGAUAAGAUCAACGAUAAGUUGCACCACGAUUCAUCCUCAUCGGACUCCGAAGAUGAGAAGGAGAAAAUAUCGCCGGUCGAGGCCGUCAAGGCUAAGAUCUAUCGUCUCUUUGGCAGGGAAAAACCCGUCCAUAAGGUUCUCGGCGGUGGAAAACCUGCUGACGUUUUCCUGUGGAGGGACAAAAAAAUUACUGCCGGCGUGCUUGGGUUUGCCACUGCAAUUUGGGUGCUUUUUGAGUUGCUUGAGUACCACUUGCUCACACUUGUGUGCCAUAUUCUGAUCCUUGCCUUAGCUGUCCUUUUCCUCUGGUCCAAUGCAUCCACCUUCAUCAACAAGUCUCCACCCCAAAUUCCGGAAGUCAUUUUGCCCGAGGACAUUGUCCUGGGUGUUGCUUCUGCCCUCAGGAUUGAAAUCAACCGAGCUCUUGAAAUCCUUCGGGAUAUUGCCUCUGGAAAGGAAUUGAAGAAAUUCCUUGCUGUUAUUGCUGGCUUAUGGGUACUUUCAAUAUUGGGGAAUUGCUGGAACUUCCUCACCUUGUUCUACAUAUGCUUUGUAUUGCUCCAUACCGUCCCUGUACUUUAUGAGAAGUAUGAGGACCAGGUUGAUGCUUUUGCUGAGAAGGCUGAGGCAGAGAUCAAAAAGCAGUAUGCUGUUUUUAACGUCAAGGUUCUAAGCAAAAUUCCAAGAGGUCCACUGAAAGACAAAAAGUUCCUAUAGAGAAGAAUAGGUGGCACCCCUUAGGUUCACAGAGUCGUUUCUCCAGAUGUUGUGAUUCAGUUAUGCUAGAAGACCCUUUGUUUACUGGUUUUGCUUUGUUAUUACUAAACAAGCUUGGCGCUUUUUGUGGUAGUUUUUGAGUUCCAGAUAUGGUUUUCUUCUUUGUUAAAUUUUGAAAGACUGCUGUAUGAAUAUUGGCAGUCAUCAGGGUGACAGUACACAUUAAUAUGCAAGUGAGUAUUUCCUACAAUUAUAAAUCAGAUAAUGAAAAACACGUAUUUGAUUUUUGUUUGA